UCUUAUUGUGAAAGUCCAAACCGGAAGUCUUUUGGAAAGGUAAAUGCCGGAGACUUGGUACACGUCCAUUUGACAGCUGGGUCAGGCUGUUCGGUCCACCUCUCAGCGUCGAGGAGAUCCUGCCGCAGCGGGUGAUAGAACCGGACCGAACCAGCUCCCUCCUCCCCGGUCCGUCCAUGGACGAGCAGGCGGGCCCCGGUGUGUUCUUCAGCGGCGGCGGAGGCUCGGGUUCUGGCGGCACCGGGAGCGUCAGAGCCCCGCAACCCGGUGACGGAGAGGCGGCCCGGGCUCACUACAGCAUCCCGGGGAUCCUGCACUUCCUGCAGCACGAGUGGGCCCGCUUCGAGGUGGAGUGGGCUCAGUGGGAGGUGGAGCGGGCCGAGCUGCAGGCGCAGAUUGCCUUUCUGCAGGGGGAACGGCGUGGACAGGAGAACCUGAAGAAGGACCUUGUGAGACGGAUCAAGAUGCUGGAGUACGCCCUGAAACAGGAAAGAGCCAAACACCACAAACUGAAAUAUGGGACAGAACUAAACCAAGGAGAAAUCAAACCUCCGAGUUACGAUUCAGAUGAAGGGAAUGAGAGCGACGCUGCGAGUCCUCCGAACAGCAGCCAUCAGCUCAGCUGGAAACAGGGACGGCAGCUGCUCCGACAGUACCUUCAGGAGGUCGGAUAUACUGACACCAUCCUGGAUGUGAAGUCCCAGAGGGUGAGGGCUCUGCUCGGUCUGACCGGAGAAUCCAGAGACAAACCAUCAGAGAGGAGAACCGAGCCCAUGGUGAACGGAACCGAGACAUCCUCCCUGAAGGACAGCGGCAUGGUCAGUAAACCCGACAUGUCCGACUCGGCCACCAUGUUGGAGGCCUUCAAGUUUAUCGAGAGCGCCGCGGCAGAGUUUAGUGACGAAGACGAGGACGAGGAGAGCGAGUCCAAGGACAAAACCAUUCUGGACCUGGUAGCUAUGGUGAGGAAGAAACAGUUGUCCACGCCGUCCUCCACCACCUCCGACAUCAGCGACGACCCAGACACCGAGGAGGCCCUGAAGGGAUUCGACUUCUUGGCGAGUCCGGAAGAGCUGGACGGGUCCGAGCCGAGGAGCGGGGAGGACAGUGGGGAGUGGGAGAAGGAGGAGCCGUCUGCUCUGGGAGAACUGGGCUGGGACGUGGACCAGGGCCUAAUUGCCCAGCUGAAGGAGCAGUACAAAAAGGAGAGAAAGGGGAAGAAAGGAGUGAAGAGACCGAACCGCUCCAAACUCCAGGACAUGCUGGCUAACCUGCGGGACACUGAGGAGCUGCCCCCCAUGCAGCCGGCUCUGUCGCCCCCCUGCCGGCCCAGCGUUCCCAGACUGAACGAGCACGAAGUAGGUCGGCCAGAAGACGAGCCGAUGACGUUCCUGCCGUCCACCGGGAAGUCCUUCAUACUGGGAAGAGUGGACGAGGCUGUCUCCAAUGAGCUGGGUCUGGGAGAACUGGCCGGACUGACAGUUGCCAACGAGGCGGAAAAUCUGGGAUAUGAUAUCACCAACAACACAGACGCUCUGAAGAAAACCUGGAACCCAAAGUUCACCCUGCGGAGCCACUUUGACUCGGUCCGGAGUCUGGCCUUCCACCCGGUGGAGCCGGUUCUGGUCACAGCGUCCGAGGACCAUACCCUGAAACUGUGGAACCUCCAGAAGACGGCGCCAGCCAAGAAGUGUGCAGCUUUAGAUGUGGAGCCCAUCUUCACGUUCAGAGCUCACAGCGGGGCUGUCCUCAGCGUCACCAUGAGCUCAAGCGGGGACCAGUGCUUCAGUGGGGGUGUGGAUGGGACCAUCCAGAGCUGGAACAUGCCUAGCCCAAACAUUGACCCAUACGACUCCUAUGAGGCCUCCAUCCUGCGGGGGGCGCUGUGUGGUCACACAGACUCAGUGUGGGGACUGGUCUAUAGCUCGGUUCACCACCGCCUCCUCUCCUGCUCGGCUGAUGGGACGGUCCGACUCUGGAACGCCGCUGACAUCUCACCGGCUCUGGCGGUUUUUAAUGAAGAUGGAGACCUAGGAGUCGCUAACUCGGUGGACCUGGUGAGCAGUGACCCGGCCUACAUGGUGACGUCAUUUGACACAGGACAUAUCGGACUCUUUAACAUGGAGACGCAGCAGCUGUUCCUGACGUUUGACUCUGCUGGACCUCCAGAGUCUCCCUGCAAGAUCAACCAGGUCCUGAGUCAUCCCACGCUGCCGAUCACCAUCACAGCUCAGGAGGACCGGCACAUCCAGUUCUUCGACAACAACACAGGUAAACUGAUCCACUCGAUGGUCGCCCAUCUGGACUCAGUCACCUGUCUUUCUGUGGAUCCAAACGGGCUGUACCUGAUGUCAGGAAGUCAUGACUGCUCCAUCCGUCUGUGGAACAUGGAGAGUAAGACGUGCAUCCAGGAGUUCACCGCCCACCGGAAGAAGUUUGACGAGUCCAUCCACGAUGUGGCAUUCCACCCAACUAAAUGCUACAUCGGCAGCGCCGGAGCUGACGCACUCGCCAAGGUCUUCGUAUGACUCUGCAGGGAAGGUCCCCAUCGUAAUCUGAUUAGACUACAGAGAAGUUGUCCCUCCCAUCCUGUUGGACUCGGGCUGGCCUGCGUCCCUCAACAAACUCUGAGUGAACCAGGAGCAAGCUGGAAUCUGCGUUUUCUCUCAUCCCAAACCGUCUGAGGUGUUCCUGCUACCGGGAAUUGUUUGUCUUUACAACGUGCCUUUUUUCCUUAGAGCAGAAGUUCCUUUAGGAAAAAUAACCAGAACCUGAUGGAUCCAGACUCCGACUGCCAGUCCAGCUUUCAACCUGAAGGAUAAAACUUUAGUCAGUGUCAGUUUCUGCCCCCCUGCAGUAAUGAUCCUGCAGAGGUUUUGUUUUAAAGGUUCAUUUAGGUUUGUUUCAGCGGCCAUUUCAAUUCUCCUGGAGUUCUAUCGGUUUCUGGGCCCGGACCAGUUCCGGACGGACCUUUUGGAGUUGUCGAGCGGCAGAGGAAAUCCUACAGCGACGCUCAGAUUCUUAUUUCAAAGUGUAUUUAUUUAAAUGAAAGCCGUGAGAUUCCUCUGAUGAGCUGAUUAUGUUGCAGGUGAACUCUGAACUGAGCGCAGACUUGAAAACAAUGGAUUUUAACCUCAAUAUUCUGACUCUGAGCGGUUAGUGACGGAUGUUCAGGUACAGGUAGAUCUGUUUUGUGUUCUCCAUGUGUUGCUUUCAGGAUGUUUCAGGAAGCCACGUCAGACUUUCAUCUCGUAAAGCAGCUGCUUCCCGUUCAGGAAGAACUCUGGUUUUUCUUUAAUCCAAACUGUAAAAAAUGGAAACAAGUGUGUAGAGUUUGUGUUCUAGGAAAUCUAUUUAUGAACCAGGUGUGAAACGGGAAUUUAGGGGAAAUUUUAACUGCAGCGUGAUAUUCUUUCUCCCCUCUGGACUUUGAAGGAGCUUAAAGAAAAAAAGGUUUUCCAGGUUUUGCUUCCUGAGGUGACGUUCCUCAAUUUUAUUCAGAUUCUGUUUAAAUUUAAUCUUCCAGAACGUUUUCCAAACUGAAUCAGCUGAUUGUUCCUGAGGCAUUCCUGAAUACUGACCACAAAUAAAAAGGGGAGGAAAUCCAACAAAGGCUUUGAAACUUCAAAAGGUUCAAACAGGAUCUGUGAGGGAAAAACAGUAUUCUGCUGGUGAAACGUUUAUCUGUCCUUCUGUGUGACAAAGAUCACAUUCCCACCAUAAACCACAUGUUGAGGGAAUUUCAGGAAGUCCAGCUGACUGGUGACAUCUUCCUCUUUAAAUAAAAACAGAAAACAGGAACACGGUAGGAACGACAGAUUCAAACGGAGCAGGAUCAGAGUCAGGAUGCCAGCCCUGUCACCAUGGUAACAUAUGAUGCUCUGGAGUAGGUUAGGUUUCCGGGUCAGAGAUCAACACAUGAACCAAAUGUCUCUCAGCCAAUCAUCGGUGCAGUUAGGAAAUAAAAACCAGAAUCCCUGUCCAGAGCUAACCAAUCUGGAACAAAAGGGAAAAAAGAAGCAAAUCAAUUUCAAGGUCCUCUAAAUCUUUACAUUAGUGCCGAGUUACUGAAGAGAUGUGCAUGCUCCUACACCUCCAGAUGUUUCCCAUGACAGGUGAUAAACCUGCAGUUUAAACUAUUCCCAGAGUCAGGAGAGCUUUGACAGUGGAAUGAAAAAUGUGUAGAAACCCUACUCUGAGAAGAACCAGCAGCAGAACUGAAACACCAGACAGAGACGGGUUCCUCCGAAGGUUAGAAACCAGAGAUUAUUACCUUCCCCUGUUUUAAAGUCCUUUGAACUUCUCAGUUGGUUAGAAUGGAAACCAUAAAUUCAGCUCUUAUUUUGAAAUAUUGAUUGUAUAGUUAUGUUGAGCUACAGGAAGUCCUUCUAAGUGGCCAGAUAAAUCAAGGGUUAGCAGAGGUUGAAUGGGGGAGUCCUGAUACAUUCGAGCCUAGCAAACAUUGCAUCCUAGAAGUUCUUUGUGGUACUGUGUACACAAUGAAGAUGCAAGAAUGGCUGUGAUUGGCUAUCUUGUGUUGCUCGAAUGAUCUGCAUUAUAUUUCCUCCCCAGAACGACAAAAAUAAAACUGGAAAUCUUUUCUUUUGGCUCAUCAACAGGAGAAAGGCUCACGAAGGCUCUAGGCUGCAGGUCCAUUAGAAAUGGUUCCAUUUUAUUAAUAAUGUUGCUGCGGACGUUGUCAGAGUAUUACUUCCUGUGUUCACCAGCUUUCCUUCCUGCUUUCUUCUGAUUGGUCCUCCUCUGAUUCCAGUUCCUCCUGGUUUUAGAUGGAUCGUCGUUUCAAAUCAUUGAGCAUAAAACAAAGUUCCUACAUUUUGUUCCAUUUCUAACUUCCAAACUUUUCCAGACUCAAAUAUUCAGAUUCUUCGCGAUAUGUUUUUAGAUUCUGGACAUCUGAGUACCAAUUAACCUUGAAUCUGCUAAUUGGGUCCGAACACUGUAGGUUCCACGAAUGAUGAAACAACACAAAGCUUAAAUUUGCUUCCAGGCUUCAGAGUUUGGUUUCAAGUCCUAUCUCCGAUUAUCUUUUCUGGCAUGUUCACUAACUUCGGUCCGGUCUGCGUCAAGAUCUAGAACUUUCUGACUCUUAAGAAUUGUAACUUCUGUAUCUUUAUUCUGUUGGUGAACGUGCCAGAAAUAGCAGUGGUAGUUCUUUGUCAUUUUAGACCCAGUUUAAAAGGCACAGGACCAAGGUAGCCCAAGGUUCUGUAAAGUGGUGAACGUCCCUAUUUGGAUCUUUGAGUCUGGAUUCAGUCAGUUUGUUAAAAGCCCAAAUUCUGACGUUUAAAAUGUUCAUUUAAAUGUGAACCAAUUCAUCCAGGACACAUUAUUGGUUUUUGGCAAUUUUUGGAGAACAAUGAAAGAAGGAAAAAACAAAUUUUGUCCAUUUUUCAUCCAGACAUGGAAAAUGAUCAGAACAAUUCAACACUUUUCCAGACUUUUCAGGGCUGGGUAGAAACCGGUUUGGUGUUGAACUUGAAUUGGGUCCAAAUUUUGACAGAUGGGAGGCGGUGAUCAAAUAUUUUCAGCAACUCUGAGAUCAUCUUGUAGAGCUGGGGACCAGCUUCAUAGCUCCACUAAGUGUGAGAUCUUUAUGUCAGGGGGAGUUAGAGCUGAUCUGUCACUCUGGAUGGAUCCAUCUCUGGGAUCACUCCUAAUCCACAGUCCAAAUCUUCAAGAACCAAACCUUUCCGAACAGCAAAAAGGAUAAAACCAUGGAAUGCAUCCCAGUAACAUUCAGCUGAUCCAUUUUCUAAGGCCAAAAACCAAGCUUCAGACCUGCACCUCGUUCUGGUUCAGGUCCAGCCUACCUGUAAAUCCUACUUCUUCUUUACUUUGUACAGUCUACCUGCUGUGGCUGGGCGUACUCCUCUCCCACAUGUUGCUUUCCUUUCUUCAUGCCAGCGAGGCUCAUGUAACUAACAAUAAAGGAGAUGCUGGAG